ACCAUUUUUUCCUGCAUGACAUGGGCAGAAGCAGGGGCUAAAGCUCCAUUCCACUCUCCGGGAAGCCUGCAGACCUGCCUUCAGGACCAAUCCCAAGAAGCCGUCUAACCGGAACAAGGCAAGAUGGAGUUUUUCCUCUUGUCACCCAGGCUGGCUUGCAAUGACAUGAUCUUGAUUCACUGCAACCUCCAUCUCCCGGUUUCAAGUGAUUCUCCUGCCUCAGCCUCCCGAGUAGCUAGGAUUAUAGGAUGCUGGACUGGAAGAGCUCCUUGACCCUCACAGCUUAUGUCAUCAUCUUCCUCACUGGCUUCCCUGCCAAUCUCCUGGCCCUGCGGGCCUUCACGGGACGGGUCCGCCAGCCCCAGCCUGCACCUGUGCACAUCCUCUUGCUCAGCCUGACGUUGGCCGACCUCCUCCUGCUGCUGCUGCUGCCCUUCAGGAUCAUCGAGGCUGCGUCGAACUUUCACUGGUACCUGCCUGAGAUCGUCUGCGCCCUCACGGGUUUCGGCUUUUACAGCAGCAUCUACUGCAGCACGUGGCUGCUGGCGGGCAUCAGCAUCGAGCGCUAUGUGGGAGUGGCUUUCCCUGUGCAGUACAAGCUCUCCCGCCGGCCUCUGUAUGGAGUGAUUGCAGCUCUCGUGGCCUGGAUUAUGUCCUUUGGUCACUGCACCAUCGUGAUCAUCGUUCAGUAUUUGAACACAACCGAGCAGGCCAGAAGUGGCAAUGAAAUUACCUGCUACGAGAACUUCACUGACCGACAGCUGGAGGUGGUGCUGCCUGUGCGGCUGGAGCUGUGCCUGGUGCUCUUCCUCAUCCCCAUGGUGGUCACCAUCUUCUGCUACUGGCGUUUUGUGCGGAUCAUGCUCUCCCAGCCCCAUGUGGGGGCCCAGAGGCGGCGCCGGGCUGUGGGGCUGGCUGUGGUGACGCUGCUCAAUUUCCUGGUGUGCUUUGGACCUUACAACGUGUCCCACUUGGUGGGGUAUUACCAGAAGAAAAGCCCCUGGUGGCGGACGAUAGCCGUGGUGUUCAGUUCACUCAACGCCAGUGUGGACCCCCUGCUCUUCUAUUUCUCUUCUUCCGUGGUGCGCAGGGCAUUUGGCAGAGGGCUGCAGGUGCUACGGAAUCAGGGCUCCUCCCUGUUGGGACGCAGAAGCAAAGACACAGCAGAAGGGACAAAUGGGGACAGGGGUGUGAGUCAGGGAGAGGGAAUGCCGAGUUCGGACUUCACUACGGACUAGCAGUUUCCCUGGACCUUCGGAGGUGGCCUGGGUUACACAAGAGCUGGAAAGGCUGGGAGAGGGGGAGCAGGAGGGUUCCCGUCCAGAUUCAGAAAUCCUCAGACCCAGUCUGGGACUGGGACUUUGAACAAAAGCCUUUCACCAGCUUGGUAUCCCCUCCUGACAGAAUUUUCUUACUCAAAGGAGCAUAGCUCAGAGAUGCAAGAAGAAAUAGUUAGGCAUAGAAGCACCGGCCGGGCACGGCGACUCACGCCUGUAAUCCCAGCACUUUGGGAGGCCGAGACAGGCAGAUCACAAGGUCAGGAGAUUGAGACCAUCCUGGCCAACAUGGGGGAAAACCCCAUCUCUGCUACAAAUACAAAAAUUAGCUGGGCAUGGUGGCGCACACAAUCCCAACUAUUCGGGAGGCUGAGGCAGGAGAACCACUUUAACCCAGGAAGCGGAGGUUGCAGUGAAUGGAAAUUGUGCCACUGCACUCAGCCUGGUGACUGAGCGAGACUCCGUCUCAAAAAAAAAAAAAAAAAAAAAAAAAAAGGACUUUCAGGCUGGGGAAGCAGCGUAGCUAACAUGAGUCCAGUCCCCGUGAUGUGGUUGGUGGUUGGGGGUGGCCAGGCUAAAGCAGGGAGCCCUAUAACAAUCUCGAUACAAGCUUCAAAGCAACAACCUAGACACUGCUCUAGCAGUUGAUGCUGGAGGUAAACCAACAGGAAAGAGAUAGAAGAGAAAUACUAAAUGAGUUCAAAAAAGACUCAGAAACGUUCUGAGCUUGGAAAUGAUCAGGGAGGCCUCAGGGCUUAGACCUUUAAUGACAGUUUCUCUGCAUCGGUCUGACCUGUUGCCUUUUCAGUGUGCUCUGUUUGAUUUCACAUGUUAUCUUGUCUCCCCGUCUAAACUAGGAGCUGCCAGAGAUCUGGAUCUUAUCUCUUUCCUCCAUGGUACCCCAUAUGGGCCAGGACGUGGGUUGGUACCCAGCAAUCAGAAAUUGGCACUGCCUCUUACAAGGGAAAGCAACCUGGUCUAGCAGAUGGAAAAUAAAGAUGAUAAAACUCUUAAGUGAGUGUCCACAAUUUUUGUAACACUUCUGCAAGUACAG